ACGCCCCAAGCACCUGUGCGCACUGCCCGCCCCAAGCACCUUUGCGCACUGCCCGCCCCAAGCACCUGUGCGCACUGCCCGCCCCAAGCACCUGUGCGCACUGCCCGCCCCAAGCACCUGUGCGCACUGCCCGCCCCAAGCACCUGUGCGCACUGCCCGCCCCAAGCACCUGUGCGCACUGCCCGCCCCAAGCACCUGCGAGGACGACGCUGACCCCUGUGACAACUUCAACUGCGAUGCCGAGGACGAGUGGCGGCAGUGCAUUGUGAGGAACAACGAACCAGAGUGCGAAUGCAAGGCGGGGUACACUGAGAUCAAUGGCGACUGCACUGGUGAGCUGAAGGAGGCAGCGCGUGAGGUGCCUCGACGGAGCUUGACCGGCGGUGGGAGCGCAACAGAUGGCUCGACCGGUGGUGGGAGCGCAACAGAUGGCUCGACCGGUGGUGGGAGCGCAACAGAUGGCUCGAUCGGUGGUGGGAGCGCAACAGGUGGCUCGACCGGUGGUGGGAGCGCAACAGGUGGCUCGACCGGUGGUGGGAGCGCAACAGACACGAGCGCCCCAGUCGCUGACCCCUGUGGUGGAGCGUGCGAGGGCAAUAGGGAGUGCGUGGAAGGGGUGUGCAAGUGCAAGGCGGGGUACACUGAGUUCAGUGGCGCCUGCACUGUUGCUGACCCCUGUGGUGGAAGAGUGUGCGAGGGCAACCGGCAGUGCGUGCCAAGGAACGGGCAAGGGGUGUGCGAGUGCCGUGGCGGGUACACUGAGAUGGACGGCGUGUGCAGUGCCGUGUGCAGCCCAGCAUGCUCCCUCUACGCCUCCUGCCAGGUGGACAAUGGCACGGCGGGGUGCAAGUGCGAUGCUGGCUACACCAUGCUGGGGAACGGCGACCUGUCGUCAUCCAUCAUCGUUGUUCAUCGCUGUCCAUGUCCUCGUUGUCUUUCAUCGUUGUUUCUUCUUCUUGUCCUGCCAAUCAUCUCCAUCUCUCCUUCCCUUCUCGUCUCCACUCAAUGCUGUCUCUUUUUCUGUCCUCCUCCAUGCCUCGCUCGCCCCUCUGCCCACACUGUGACAGCCGCAUGCAGCCCGCCAUGCUCUGGGGAGACCACCUGCCAGGUGGAUAAUGGGAUUGGCGUGUGCAGGUGCAGCGCGGGGUACACCUUGCUGAGCAACGGCCAGUGCAAGGCAUGUUCUCAUGUCUCAACAUUCAGUCUCUCCCUCUCCCUCGUCUCCUCUGCCGGUUACUCGCCCCUCUGA